AUGGAUACAGAAGCUGCUACACUUCACCCGUUCUCACUACAAAAAGCAAAACGGUCAACAUCCGCUGAGUCUAUACUUGGCCCAAUGAUAGAAGAUACAGAAGCAAGACAACCAGUAACAGAUCAGGACACAUGUGAGCUCGUCAGACGGGCCGAAUUGAUGGAAGCAGCUGUUGAUCUUAAGAAGAAGGUAGCGACAAAAAAGGUUUUUAGCAGCGAAGAAGCUAAGAGGAACCCUGUACAGAAAACCAAAGAGAGGGGAAUCCCACCACCCGAUAGAGUAACUGGUCAGUGCGAAGGUGGAGGAAUUGCUGCUAGUUAUCUUAACGUAUCUAAAUUAACUUCAAAUUGCGUAGAGUUCGAGCAUACUGCCAUAUUAUUCGCAUUACCGGAAUCAUCGAUGGGAUCCGCGGAAGGAGUUUCAACAGGAGUUCAAUUGAAAGAGGAGCCAACUAUGAAAAGCGUGAGAACCUUAGAUUAAAC